AUGGCGGGCGGCGUGGAGCUGGGGUUCGCCGAAGCGGCGGGCCCGGGCGGUGCCUGGCGGCUGCGCAGCCCCUACUUCCCCAGCAAGGUCGGGGGGCGGCCGGCGUGGCUGGGCGAGGCCGGGCUGCCGGGUCCCUCCGCCCUGCGCUGCUCCCUCUGCCAGCAGCCCCUCGCCUUCCUCCUCCAGCUCUACGCGCCCCUGCCCGCCCGCCCAGACGCCUUCCACCGCACCCUCUUCGUCUUCGCCUGCCGCGGCGCCGCCUGCUACCGCCUGCAGGGCCCGCGGGGGCCGCUCUGCGUGUUCCGGAACCAGCUGCCGCGGCGGAACGACACUUACCCCGAGGAGCCUCCCCCCGAGGAGCCGCCCCCGGGUCCCCUCGUUCCUCCCCGUCAGCUCCGGAGCGGUGCCGCGCUCUGCCGGGUCUGCGGCUGCCUCGGCCCCCGGCUCUGCGGGCGCUGCCGCCGCGCUGCCUAUUGCGGGCCCCAGCACCAGGCCCUGGAGUGGCGGGGAGGACACCGCAGGAGCUGCGGGAAGCUCGCUGCCGGAGACGAGGCAGCAGAUGCAAUCCCAGAGCAUAAUGAGUUCCUUUUUCCAGAAUAUGAGAUUUUGAUAGAGCCUGAGGAACCAGAGUGUGCUGCUGAGAGCAGUGCAGAUCCUGGUGAUGAACAAGGAGCUGUAGAGACAUCAAAAGACCCCAAAGAACAAGAGGAGCUGGGAGCUACAGGUAGUGCAGGUGAGACAUUUCAGUCCUUAGAUGAGGAGACAUUGGAAGCAAUGGCAAAACAUGAGACUGAAGAAGACAAAAUCUUUCAGAUGUUUAAAGAACGAGUGGCUGCUGAGCCAGAACAGAUUAUUAGAUACUGCAGAGGAGGAGAAGGCCCAGUCUGGGUAUCAGGUGAAAAUAUUCCUGAAGAAAAAGAUAUCCCCAAUUGUUCAUGUGGGGCCAAAAGGAUUUUUGAAUUCCAGAUUAUGCCCCAGCUCCUGAACCACCUGCAGGUUGACAGCCUGGGAGAGAGCAUUGACUGGGGAACACUGGUGGUGUUCACUUGUGCUGACAGCUGUGGGGAGGGCAAGGAGUACCUGGAGGAGUUCAUCUGGAAACAAGACUUCUCUGCAGGCUCUGGAUAAUUGUCACUGAGCUGAUCUGGUGAGCUCUUGCCUUGUUACAGCACUGGGCAUACAGGGCCUGAGCUCAGCUGGAGCUUCUCCCAGGGGCACAACUACUCCAAGGAUUCCCUGGCAGCUUCUUGAGCUUUCACUUCAACCUGGUGAUGGAGCCAGCUGCAUUGCUGAGUGGAUUUCAAACCUCAAUUCUGAGUGUUUAAAUAAAGAUGAAUUAUUUUUGGAUGGGUGAAAGUAUCUUUUCUUAUUAUGGGGUGACUGAACUCUAAGAACUUAAUUGCUAGCUGAAAGG